GCGUCCGUUGAGGGGAAGCAGUUGACAGCAGUGAAGAAGAGCAGGCCGAAGUGGGUAAACAAAACAAGUAUAUGAAGAAAAUAAGCGACAAUAACCACAAAGUGUGAUCUUCUUUUACAUCUUUAUGAUGUGUAACGUUUUUAUAAGGAGGUUAGAAGCCAGUUAAAGUAGAAACACGCUAGUAAAAGAGAGGAAGUAAACGGUAAAGAGGUUAACCGAGCUAACGUGGAGCUAGCUGCUAUGUCGUCGCCUUCCUCCUCCAGGCGCCAGUGGUGCUACCUGUGCGACCUGCCGAAGAUGCCGUGGACGGUGGUGUGGGACUUCAGCGAGGUGGUGUGUCGUGGCUGUGUGAACUACGAAGGAGCUAAUCAGAUAGAGUUCCUCAUAGCGAGCGCCAGACAGCUGAAACGGACUCACGGGAUGCAGGACGGCAGCGUCAGGUCACCUGGACCAUCACCACAUAAACACUCAACAUCUGGAAGAGGGGAUGCUGCAAGUGCUGAUGGAGGCAGGCCGCACAUGGACCGCUUCGACAGAGGAGGAGGAAGAGGAGAGAGCUCCGUGUCUGCUAUCCGUGUGCCUCCUAAUGGGCUGCACCGUGACGGACAGCCAACUCAAGAGGUGCACCGCCAGAGCCCCAGCGGCAGCCGGAGACCCAUGCUAAGCGCUGCCAUCCCUCCUAGUCUAGUGACUCAAAGCAUCGCAGGGAUCCCCCAUGGGCUACUUGCGGGCAUGCCGGCGGGUCUGACCGCCAGGACAGCCCCCAUGAGCAGCCCCAUGAUCUUCCCUGCCCCAGUGUUGGCCGAGAUGAGCCGCAGACAGCUGGGGAUAGGGAUGGGGAUAGCCCCUUUUAUCACUCCGGAGCUGGAGCGAGAGCUCAGCUCGUCCCAGAACCAGCCCAAGAUACAGACGCAGAUCCACACAGCUGGCAGCAGCAGCAGCAGCAGCAGCAAGAGUUCAGGCCUCCCUUCUUCAUCCUCGACCCUGGCUGGAGGUGUGAGCCAGACCAGUCCAAAGCCUGCCUCGUCUCCAGCCAGGCAGCCACGGCCCCUAACCUCGAGGUCCGGAGGGGAGCCCCUGGGAUCCAGCACCUCAGCAGAGGCGGCCACCACAGCUGCAGCGUUACCCCACAGUGGUGCCUCUGAGCUGGGAUCAGCAGCUUCCAGCAGCACCCAUUCUACUGGAAACACUCUGUCCUGCACGUUGUGUCACGAGAGGCUAGAAGACACACACUUUGUUCAGUGUCCGUCAGUGCCAGGGCACAGGUUCUGCUUCCCGUGCACCAGAGUGUACAUCCAGAGCCGGCGGGGCGAUGGUGAGGUGUACUGCCCCAGCGGAGAGCGCUGUCCGUUGGACAUCUCUCCCAACAGUCCCCCCUGGGCCUUCAUGCAGGGAGAGGUCUCCACCAUACUGGGCACUGCCGGAGCAGGAGCCGCUUCAGCUGCUGCACCUGGAGCCGGGAACGGGCCCGGACCCGGCCCCGGGUCUGGAGCUCCAGCCGCGUCCGGGGCCGGGAGCGGAGCAGCCGGUGGAGAUGUCACCGUUAAGAAAGAGAGAGAGACGUGAUGAUGAUUUCAAUGGAAACCAAACCAGGACCCAACACAGCAACAGAGUCGUAUCACUUACCAGAAGGACACGUCUGCAAUGGAGCUCUGAGAGAUCCAGAAGAGAAGCAACACAGCGACUCACAGUUCAGAAAGCCUCCAUUGCACAGGUCUCGACUCCCAACUACUCACACCACCCAAUUUAAAUCAGAAUUAUCAGACCUAAAAUUGCCUUUAUGAUGUACUAUGAGAAUCAGAUAUUCAGGGCCAAUCAAACAGCUGAACAGUGGCUACUUUUUGUAGAGUUAGUGGUAGUUGUGCCAGUUGAAAUGCCCACAUUAGCACUGCCAGCUAGCUACUGUUAGCAGCUGGAAAUAAACGGGCUGAAGCAACACAUAGACUACGCCAGUUUUCAACAAGAUUAUCAUUCUUUUUCUACAAACAAUAACGUACACCACCGUUAUAAUUUGGAAGAUGCUGUAAUCGCAAAAAAAAAAAUUCACACCUUAACUUGAAUAUGCACCUUAACAAGCAACCAGUGCCAACAGGACUACUGAAUUGUCUAUAUUUCUCCACCAGUGUAUUAAUAUAUCAUUGUCAUUGGUGUUAUGGUAGCUAGCAAAGCUACUAAUCGUGGCUUGUUAGCAGACCUAAUAUAGGGAUGGUUAUUGAUUAAAAUGACCCCUCUGAAACUCACAGAAAGUAGCCAUGGUCCAGUGUUUAUUGCACACUCAGUAUUGUGUUUGCAAGGGAAAGCACAAAAGCUUGUUUUGACAAAUCCAAUGCAAAUGUUGAAAUACUAAAAAACAGCGGCCUCGGUUGUUCCGUGUCUUUCUUGUCGAUGAACAAACUGUUGGCCGGCAGCGUGCAGCAGGAGGUCAGAUAUCAGACUGUUGGCAGAAAAGUACAGGCUGUUCUGAAUCGAAACAAGCUGGAACUUGCCAUGCCAUUCCCUCUGCCAGUGCUCGGUCUAAAUACAAUAUUUGUGCUUCUACAAAUGCAUUUCACAUUAACAACUGAUAUGAAAUUGACAUUUAUUAUGACAAAAGUGUACCUUAAAUUUGAAAUACUGAUUUUUAAUUUUUUUUAUUGUUUAAUGAAUGAAUCUGUGUCCGAAUAUUUUUUUUCAAACGAACACCUAAACACGCAAACGGAUAUGAGAUGUGGCCAGAAUGCCAGUAGUGACAUUUCUCUGUGCGUCUGUGCAUUUUGUUUUUAAAUGAAGCUGACUUUGACUCAGUGUGUAGAAACAACCACCUAGGCAUAGACCAGCCACAGAGACUCAGUGUGUUUAACUGUAUUUAAAUGUUGCUUUCAUACCAGAUCCAGCCCAGCCUACGCUUUACCCCGAAUGUAUAUGAAAAGAUAUCUAUUGAUAGGCCUAGGACUAUAUUUUAUACUAGAAUGUUAAAUGUUAUAUACUGUAUAGAUCUAUAAUAGUAUGUGCAAUCCCUAGUCAUAGUAUAUGCAACGGUUUGGAAUAUGUCAUUAAAAUCGAUUGUGUAUCAUUUCUUUAA